UUUGUCAUUGACAAAAAGAUGACAAAAAAAAUAAAAAAGAAAAUGACAAAUUUUACCAAUUAUUAAUUUUAACAGGAUUUAACCUAAUUUUUUAAAUUAAAGUGUUAACAGUACACAUAAAAAGAGAACAACAAAAUACAAUGUUAAUCUUAAAAAAUAUUUACGAUUUCUGUCGGCCGCGUCAACUUAUGGCCACUAUGACUACAAACUGGUUUCAUUGCAAAUCAAAGUAUAAACACAAUAGCCGCCAAUACAGCACAUGCCCCUGUGGCAUGAAAGUCACCAUAUGCGGGGCGGCGGGGUGCAUAGGUCAACCUCUCGCUUUGCUGCUAAAGCAGUGCCCGCUACUUGAUGAGAUUGCUCUGUACGACAUAAUCGCCACUUGCGGCUAUGGAAUGGAAUUAAGUCACGUCGAUACCAAAUGUAAAGUGUCUUCGUACUCUGGUCGCCACAUGCUCUGUGAUGCGCUCAAGUGCUUCACGAUAAUAGCAACUGAGCCUGUGGAGAGCAUGGUGCCUCUAUUGGGAGAGCUCCAGCGGUUGCGCAGCGUCUACGACCCGCGGAGACUUCUGGGUUGUGUUGAGCUGAACUGCGUGCGCGCCAACACAGUGUUGGCGGAUUUCUUGCGCGUACCGCCCGAAGCAGUGCGUGUUCCUGUCAUAGGUGGCGCCACUCCCAACACUAUGGUGCCAGUGCUAUCGGCUGCUGUCAAUCCCUGCAACUUGACUCAAGAGCAGAUUGAGUGCAUAACAUCUUGUAUAAUGAGUGGAACAGAAGCGGUAUGCGCCGCGAAAGGUUGCGCCACAGACACCCCGUGUCUAGCCGGUGCGUACGCAAUAGCUCGAACAACCAUCAACGUUGUCAAGGGCUUGCAGGGAAGCAAACAGGUGGUGCAGUGCGCUUACGUCGACAAUAUGGGCACAUGCGCACCGGACUGCCAAUUCUUUGCUAGUGAGGUCGUACUGGGACCAUCUGGGGUUGAAAAAAAUUUGGGAGUACCAGAACUAACGAAGUUUGAGAACUGUUUACUGUGCAACUGCCUACCGUACGUACGGAACGAAAUAUGCAGAGCAAUAUGGCUGGUGUACACGAUGUGCUCUCAGUGCUGCUGCGUUAACUGCUUGGCACACCCUAGCACCUGCUAUUCGCCACCAAUCGUGCCCUGCGUUCCGCCCAUCAACUGGACCUGCGAGUAUCCCGACACCUGCCGUGACGAGUAUCUGGCCUCUAUCUGCCGCAAGAUGACCUGCAAGUGCAGUACGGCAGAGCUGUGCUGGCGACCCCGCGAAGAAGACUACGACGCGGCGCGCGCCUCCAACAUCACGCAUCAGCUGCCUACACGAAGCCCGCCCUGCUCCAUCUGCCACGUGCCAAGGAGCGUGCUCAUCGAGAAACAAAUCCGGGAAAUGGCUAAGGAGCCACACGUAUAGACGAACCGGAUUAACCCAUUGUCAAUCUCGUGAGGUGGACACUAUUCUAACAUUAUCCUUUAUCUGCUGACACGAGGCGCGCCUUAAUCCAUCUGAAAGUACCAAGGAGCCGGAGAAACAAAUCCGACAAAUAGCCAAGGAGCCACACGUGUAGAGAAACCCGAUUUUAUCAGUGAGUCUCGAGAAGUGGACACUACUCAAAAAUUACCCACCAACUGCCAACACGAAGCCCGCCCUGCUCCAUCUGCCACGUGCCAAGAAGCGUGCUCAUCGAGAAACAAAUCCGGGAGAUGGCCAAGGAGUCACAGGUUUUCUGAGAAGUGUGCACUAGUGAUUUCAGCAGAGGUAGUCAUGGAUUCAUAUAAUUUGCAUAUAAAUUAAUAUUGGUGAAACAGAAGAUAUUGAAAUGUUUACGCCAUUUCAAUCUAUAAAAUACAGUUGGAUCAAAUCAAGAAACAAAGUAAACUGUAACUAAGAAUAACUUGUUCGAAGUUGUGAAAUUUAGUUAUCCCUAUUUGUAAUAUCUAACUGUAACAAGUGAAGAAGUGUUGUGAAAAGUAAAUCGGUCAAAUUUUCAAAUAUAAAACGAUA